AUGAGGGAGGGUGGCAAUGGCACAGUAGUGACUGAGUUUGUUUUGCUGGGGUUCUCAGGUUUUGGUUCCUUUCGGGGCCCUCUGUUUUGGGUGCUCUGCAUCUACCUGGUCACCUUGCUGGGUAGCUCCCUGAUCAUCCUCCUCGCACUGGCGGACCCUGCCCUGCACUCACCCAUGUAUUUCUUCCUCCGCCACUUCUCCAUGGUGGAGGUCCUUUACACAACAACCAUUGUGCCCGAGAUGCUGGCUGGUCUCCUCUCCUCCUGCCCCAUCCCAUCUGCCAUCUACUUCACCCAGCUGUAUUUCUUUGCCCUCUUUGGCAUCGCAGAAUGCUGCCUGCUCACUGCCAUGGCCUAUGGCCACUAUGCUGCCAUCUGCUGGCUGCUGCAUUAUACCACCCUGAUGAAACUGGGCGUGUGUGCCAGCCUGGUGAGGGCCUCUUACCUUAUGGGCAUCAUCACCGGCACCACACACUCCAUCUUCAUCUUCACUUUGUCCUUCCACGAUGCCAACACAAUCCAUCACUUCCUGUGUGACAUUCUGCCUGGGCUGAGACUGGCUAGCACAAACACCUUCUGGGGCGAAGUGGGCAAUUUUGCCCUCACAAUAGCCUUUAUCCUGACCCCCUUCUCACUCAUCAUAGCCUCCUAUACCUGUAUCCUCGCCACCAUCCUGGGGGUCAUGACAUCCCAGGGACAUCGAAAAGUCUUCUCUACCUUCUCCCACCUGUUUGUCGUCAUGCUCUUUUUUGGGCCUGGGACUGUUGCCUAUAUGAGGCCAUGGGCAGGCUACUUUCAGGACGCGGACCAGUUCCUUGCCCUCUCCUACACAGUUGUCGCUCACGUCCAACCCUUUGUCUACAUUCUGGGGAACAAGGAGGUCACAGGGGCAGUGAGGAAGCUCGUGAAGAGAUAUCUUUGGAGCCUUGAUUCACUGGAGUUCUUGGAUAUAAGGGCCUGA